GAUCUCGAUAGACGAUUCGUAUACCGACCGAUGAAACUUGUAAAAUGGCGUCUCACUGAGGGAUUCGUAUGUUCGUGCAUUCGUUGCAAGUUACUGUCAUAAUCGUUGUUGGUAUUGCCGUGAUAGUGAUCUCGCGUGUUACAUGUAUUAAUUAUUUACUGAGAUUCAUCAUGGGCACGUCGGAUUUGGAAGGUCCCGAUUGCAAGGUGGAAGCCUUGGGAUUUGAUUCCGACGCGGAUGGAAUGACCGAUCAACGAAAGAAGAAAAAGAGGAAACACAAGCAUCAUAAGCACAAGAAGGAAAAAAUCAUUGAAAGAGAGGAUGAACGAUUGGAAAGGCAAGAAAGACGAAAGCACAAGAAGCACAAGAAACAGAAAAGAGAGAAAGACAUGGAGAAUGGUACCAUGGACGAGAAAUUAGUCAGCAAUGCGAUACACAAGGACAUGGGUAUGAAUGGAAAAACGAGAAAUUCCGUAUUGGAAGUUGUCUCGACAGAAGAGAGCGAAGAUGAAAAGUUGGUCGAUUUAGAUUCAGAUGAAGUAGAUUGCACCAUCAUAGAGGAUGAUAUUGACCUCGAGGAGUUGAUGAAACAAAAGGAACGUUUGCAAGCGCGUCUAGUACAGUAUCUCUCAGAUGAGUCGGAAAAGGAGGAUGAUAAAGAAUUACGUGAAGAGGACGAGGAAGAGGGCGAGGAAGAAGCGAAAGCGACCACAGAGACACCCGACGUGAUACUAGUAGAGGAUGACAGUGACACCAAUGACAUACCACCGAAGAAACGAGCUAGAAGCAAAUCAGGUAGCAGAGAACGUAAGAAAGCGAUAAAGGCUGAAAGACGUGUUGUAGUUGAUAUGACUAGAGACAGAAAAACUCGCGAACAGCACAAAGAUAAGAGAAGAGAUUUUGAUAGGAAAAGAGACGAGAGAAUCCGCCCUAGGGAGGAAGGUAAGAGGGACGAAGUCCGAAAAGACGAUAGAUCUUUGCGAAAAGCUGGCGAGAGGCAGAAAGAGGACGCGUGUAAAGACGAGUCUAACAGAAAAACGGCCGAGGACCAACAGAGGCGUAAAGAUCUUGCAAAGAGAGACGAAACGCGGAAAAGAGAAUCCGACAGACGAGAAGAGAAUCGAAGACGAGAGCCUGCUACUCCUCACAGCUCGAAACCUCGUAACAACGAAACGAAAGGUUUGGAUUGCAAAAGUCGCGAACGUCACGAUAGUCGAGAUCGACACAUCAGCCACGAUCGGCGUAGUCGUGACAGACCGUCCAGCAGAGAGCCGCGUCGUCACGGCAGCCGCGACAAGAGGGACAGUAGGAGUAAGGAUCGACAUGGGAACAGAGAUCGACACGACAGCAGUCGCGAUCGGCGAGAUGGCCGGUAUCACGAUCACAGAAUAGACGAUCGAUCGCGCAGCACUGCGAGGCGAUCCCGUAGUCCCACUCGGACAAGAUUGGAGAGAGAGCGAAACGAUCGUUACAAGAGAUCCAGGUCGCCUUCUCGAAGCCGUAGAGAUCGGGAUAGGCAGCAGCAGAUCAGGGAACACGGUAGGGACCGCGAGAGGGACAGAGAAAGGAACAGUAGAAGAGAACGCAACGACAAGUAUAAAGAUUCUUUAUCGGAGGGUCUCAAGGCGGAACACUCGGACAGUUCGAGCGAGGAGGAGAUCAAAGACAUCGACAUCGAGGAGGAGGAAGACGAGGAAGCGAUCAUAGAACGCCGGCGAAAGCAGAGGGAAGAAUUGCUCAAGAGGCUGGGUGGACCAAACGAGGACUCCAAUAUGUCCGCCGACGUAAAUGUGAUCGCUGGUUCCCCGGAAAGUCAGUCCAACGUGUCGCAGAGAUCUCUAGAGGUCCCAUCGAACAACAAUGAGUCCAUUUCGGAGAGCCAUACCCCACCAUUGCCCAUGGAGAAACCAGAGUCGCCGCCAGCCAUGAAGAAAAGAAAGUCGAGGUUCGAGGACGCGCCACCAAACGAGUCCGACAGAAUAGGGAAUCAAGUGAAGACAUCCGAGAGAUUGAAACAGGAUGAGAAGCAAACGUCCAAAAAGUCCAACGAAUGGGACAUGUUUGCGGAAGCGGACAAUAUCGGCGAUUUUAAUAGCCCUACGCUGGAAGGAAAACGUCAAGGAGGACCGGAUAAUCCUAGUUUGACGGACAACUGGGACGACGCCGAAGGAUAUUACCGCGUCCGCGUCGGCGAAACUCUGGAUGCGCGAUACGUAGUCUAUGGAUACACGGGGCAAGGAGUAUUCAGUAACGUAGUGAGAGCGAGAGACAGCGCUAGGGGAAAUUUGGAUGUAGCCGUAAAGAUUAUAAGAAACAACGAAAUAAUGCAUAGAACCGGUCUGAAGGAACUGGAGAUCCUCAGGAAACUGAACGACGCUGAUCCCGAGGACAGAUUCCACUGCUUACGCCUAUUCAGGCAUUUCUUUCACAAGAAUCACUUGUGCAUGGUGUUUGAACCUCUGGCCAUGAAUCUAAGAGAGGUUUUAAAAAAGUAUGGCAAAGACGUUGGUUUACACGUGAAAGCGGUAAGGUCGUAUACGCAGCAACUUUUCCUAGCACUAAAGUUAUUAAAACGUGCAAAUAUUCUGCAUGCUGACAUCAAACCGGAUAAUAUUCUAGUCAGUGAAAGUAAGCUAGUGCUGAAACUUUGUGACUUUGGCUCGGCAUCGCACAUCCACGAGAAUGAGAUAACGCCGUACUUGGUCUCGAGGUUUUAUCGUGCGCCCGAAAUCAUUCUUGGUAUACCAUAUGAUUUUGGUAUUGACAUGUGGUCCGUGGGGUGCACCAUAUACGAGCUUUACACGGGAAAGAUAAUGUUUUCGGGGAAAACGAACAAUCAAAUGUUGAAAUACUUUAUGGACCUAAAGGGCAAAAUGCCAAAUAAGUUGAUUAGGAAGGGCACGUUCAAGGACCAACACUUUGACAGUAACUGCAAUUUCCUGUAUCAAGAGGUUGAUAAAGUCACGGAACGGGAGAAAGUCGUCGUAAUGUCGACGCUACCAGCGACUCGCGAUCUCGGCGCGGAACUCGGCGGGAAUUCCUUACCGCCGGAACAGAGCCGCAAAGUCGGACAAUUGAAGGAUUUGCUCGAACGAACGCUGAUGCUGGACGCUGGGAAGAGAAUCACUGUGAAUCACGCGUUGGCGCAUCCCUUUAUACAAGAAAAGAUAUAGAUGCGUCUUCGAUUCAAAUCAUCGUUAAGUGCGGCCGGACCUUUCGAGGGCCUUUAGCGCCGAUCCCGUUACAAGCCCUCCCUGUGAGGAGGGGAGGCAAUGGAAGAGGUGAUGAAAACGAUUGAUGAGAGGAGGAGAGGAAAAUGUACGAUAUACUUGCGCCUACAUCUCGACAAGUACAUGCACUGUACUCGCUUUAACUAGAUUUAUAUCCGCGCGCUAAGGUUUCUCUUAAAUUUACUCGAGAUCAUUCGCAAUCGAGGACUCGUAAGUAUGUACGCAGGUAAAGUACAUGCAAGUAUUGAAAAUUUCACGCGACAUUCUGACAAACAUAUCAACAUUGACACACUCGUGUGUCUGUUUCUUCUCAGAAACUCGUUUCAGUCGAAAACUUACGAUUCUUAAAAACACAAAUAUGUCGAAAGCUUAUACAAUACUAAUAUUUGCGGUUUUGAGUUUUCAGAUAUUUAAGAUCUACCGUUCCGUGAAAACGAAAAGCAGAUGCGAUGUGAAUCCAUAUUAUUCUCGCUCGCCCAAGAUCUCUUUGUUGCUCUCCCUCUCUGUUUUUUCUCUCUUUCACUCUCACUCUCUUUGUCACUUUCCUACCUGAUCUCGCUCCAUUUCACCUCAUUUCAGAAAUAUUUUCAGGAAUUGUGUACAAGUAUUGUAAUGUGAAUAAAAACUUGUUUAUCGCA